AUGGCGUCUUCCAUGGCCUUUCAAUUAGGAGCUUCUUCCUCUUCAUCUCCUUCCAUCCGUCCUUGGAAUAAUGAUGUAUUCUUGAGCUUUAGAGGAACAAAAUUGAAUAUUAAUGAUGUUGAUAGAGGAGUUGGUGUAAUGUGGCAUAAACUUCGAUCUAAAAAGAUUUUACUAAUUCUUGAUAAUGUGGAUGACUUGUCCCAACUAGAAAAAUUAGCUGGUGAUCGUGCUUGGUUUGGUUUAGGAAGUAGAAUCAUCAUAAUAACAAGAGAUCAACAUAUAAUAGAAAACUCUAGAGUUGAUUCAAAAUACAAGGUGAUGACUUUGGAUGACAAUGAAGCUCUUCAACUAUUUAGCUUGUAUGCUUUUGAGGAAAAUGAACCGUUGAAGGAUUAUGUGGAUCUCUCUAAACAAGUAACAAAAUAUGCUCAUGGUCUUCCACUAGCUUUAACAGGGCUAUUAUAG